AUGGAGAAGUACACAGAAUCACCACCUACCUUGCAAGUAGAGCAUUCCUCCCUUCAGACUGAGAAUCUGAUUCUACAGCCACAAAUACAGCAUCUAAAUGAAGAGGGCUCUGAUCUGAGAGGCCAAGUCAUGCCUACCCUGGCUACCGUGAUGAUGUCUGUACCCCGCUCACUUGAACAUCUCUCUCAGUUUCACCAUGACCCUGCCAACCUCUCAAUAUUUCUUGCACAGUUGACAACUCUCAAGUUCCCCAAUCCUGCAGAUGAUGUCCAAAUCAAGUUCUUUUUUGACUACCUAUCUCAGCAGAUGGAAAGUUGUGGAGUCAUAUUUGGGCCUGACCAGAGCACUCAGCAGAAACAAUAUGAGAACUUUGUUUUUGAGUUCCAGCAAUCAUUUGGUAUGCCUACAAAACAGGAAAUAGACCCUCUGAACAAAGAGGACAACUCUUCUCAGCAAGAUGCUUCUACUUUCCAGCACCUUGCUCAAAAUCUGAGCUAUAAUGAAACCAGUCAGAGUGAUCACUUCCAAGAAGGACUAGCUGACUCCAUCCAGGAUGAUUUGAGUGGCACAGAUAUGAUGGAUAACCUUCCAGACCUGAUCACUCAGUGUAUUCAGUUGGACAAGAAACGUAGUGAAAGGCCAGAGCUUCUUCAGUCAGAGACCCAGCUCCCAGUGUUGGAUUCCUUGAUCCACCACCAAGCCUUUUCCAUCCCCACAGAUCUGCCACCCAAGGAAGAACCUAUACAGUUGCGUGGAAGCCAGCCACCACUCACUCCGGCCAAAAGAGCCCACCAGCAAGAAGCUCAGUUGUGCCUCUACUGCAGCCAGGCUGGUCACUUCACAAGAGAUUGCCUUGCCAAACGUUCUCGAGCCCCAGCAAGGAUAAACAACCCAACUCACCAGUAA